AGGGAGCAAGACAAAAAGGAAAAAGAAGAACUUUCACCCCCUUUCUUUCUUUUUUUCUUUCUUUUUUAUUUUUCGCGUAAAUGAUUGACGUACCAAAACUUGAAACCAUCGAGAUCACCUUGUUUGACACGGGUGUUGCAGAAAUUGCACAUAAUAGACCUAAACGCUAUAACGCGCUUUCGCCUCAGUCCUAUAAAGAUUGGUUGACAGCAUUACAGUGGGCAGCCAAGGAAGACGCUGUCAAGGUGGCUGUCUUGAUUGGACGUGGCAAGUAUUAUUCGUCCGGACAAGAGUUGGCCUUGACUGAUGCAGAUGAAGAAGAGUUGGAUCGUAGAAGAGCUACAACACAAAACGUUGUUUCCGAGAUGAUUCGAUUCCCUAAACUCCUCAUUGGUGCAGUGAAUGGACCAAGUAUUGGCUUUGGCACAACAACCCUAGCCCUAUGCGAUGUCGUUUAUUCAACCCCUGAAGCUACGUUCGGUACACCCUUUAUGAAGCUUGGUUUCUGUGCUGAAGGAUGUUCUUCCGUCUUAUUUCCAAGAAUUAUGGGUUCAUCUAGAGCCAAUGAAAUGCUCCUUUUAGGUAGGACUUUUACAGCCAAAGAAAUGGUUGAUUGUGGAUUCGUGAGUCGACUGAUUGAAACUGAGAACUUUCGACAAAAGAUCCUUGAAAUUGCUAAUGAGGCAGCACAAUUCUCUGUAGAUGCUGUGAAAACGACCAAACGAUUGAUACGCGGCGUUGAUGUCGAAAUGCUCGAACAAGUCAACGUAGAGGAGAUUAAGGCAUUAAAGGGGCGAAUGGAAAGCCCUGAUUCGCUCGAAAGUAUUAUGAAAUUUAUAGAAGAAACAAAGAGAAAGAAGAAUAAGGCCAAAUUAUGAUCCUGUGACACAUACAACAGUAAAGCGGGCUCAUGUAUUCAAGAAGGAUUGAUUGGUUCAUAAUUGACUUGUCCCCUUUGAAUCUGUAUCACCUCCUUUUUCUAUAUAAAAAAUAAGUUUUUUUUUUCUCUAUCUUUCU